GAGUAACUCUCACAGAGGCUGAUUGCUCUUCCCUUCCCUUUUCUCUCGAGAUUUUCACCCGUCCACCGCCCCCCUACCCAAUGCGCCUGAAGUCGCUUUGCUCUUACCACUUUAGUUCAACGUCCCUUAAGUCAACCCCGCCCCACUCAAUUGCACAAUACAAAUCAUGUCUUCCUACGUCCUCGCCCAAAUCUACCAAUUAAUCCUCAACCUUGUCGGCGGUGGGCCAGGCCCUGUAUACCCUGCUCGCAGAAAUAUCCGCAUUGGAAGCAGGAAGUCCAAACUUGCCUUGGUCCAGACACAUCUUGUUCGCGAUGCUUUACAGGCUGCCUAUCCGGACACCAACUUUGAAAUCAUCGCCAUGACCACCACCGGCGACAACAAUCAGAUGAAGCCGCUACAUAGUUUCGGGGCGAAAGCACUGUGGACGCAGGAGCUUGAGGUGCUGCUGCUAGAGAAUAAAUUGGAGAUGAUUGUACAUUCGCUCAAAGGUUUGAUGUUUUUGCUUCCGCGAUUCUUUUUCUGGGGUGGUUCGUGGCUAAUGCGAAGAUCUAGAUAUGCCGACACAGCUCCCGCAUGGGUGUAAGAUUGGAGCCAUACUUGAACGUGAAGGUAUGCUUCCUGCUAUCGCAGCCACCUCAACCCCCACUACCACCCUGCUAACUACCCGGAUAGACCCUCGCGAUGCCCUAGUCAUGAAGGCCGGCUCGAGCUACAAAUCCCUAGAGGACCUACCGGAAGGGAGCGUAGUCGGCACUUCCUCCGUCCGGCGCAGUGCGCAAAUCAAGAAGCGGUACCCCCACCUUAACUUCGAGGACGUCCGUGGUAACGUCGGCACCCGGCUCGCAAAACUCGAUGACCCAGCGUCCUCCUACACCUGCCUGAUCCUCGCAGCCGCGGGCCUCACAAGGCUCGAUCUGGGAGAGCGCAUCACUGGUUACCUCUCCUCUCCGUACCUCCUCCAUGCCGUUGGCCAGGGAGCGCUAGGUGUCGAGAUCCGUGACGGUGAUGAGGGCACUGCGAAGAUGCUUGAAGUGCUGGCCCAUAAGGAAACCACCCUCUAUUGCCUCGCUGAGCGCUCGCUCAUGAGGACGCUAGAAGGUGGCUGCUCCGUUCCCAUAGGCGUGGAAACUGAGACCGCCACGGAUGGGCAGAUGCUCAUGAGGGCUGUUGUCGUCAGUCUUGAUGGCCAGAACUCGGUUGACAUAGAGGAGCGGAUGGAAGUCGUGGAUGAGGAAGCAGCUAACGAUUUCGGCAGAGUCGUAGCAAGGAAACUCGUCGAUGCUGGAGCUGGGGAUAUCUUGAAAGGCAUUAAUCACAACAAGGAUUUGGUGGAUACUUGAAUUUGUAAACUAAAUAAUCGGUUUUACGAUAA